ACAUUCCAAAUAACGCCCUCUAGUUUAGAGGUCACUAAUGAGGUACCCAGUAAGGCAACUGGCAAGACAUCAGUCCGGUGUACAACUGAAAUCAUUUUUUCCAUUCACGGUUGACUUGAAAGUAGCCUGCUGUCAGAUCUGUUUGUGCUCUUGCCAACUCUUGCUCAUUGUCAAGCAAGACAUGUUUGGCUUGACAAUGAGUGGCAUGAUGGCACAUACAGACUGGUACCCAGAUGGAUACCCAUCUUAAGGAUAUCCUGUUUCUGCUACACCACAGUCUACCUUCCAGUCACCUCGAGAGACUUGAGUUUGAUGACUGGAUAAAUAUGAGUGGAUUACACUGUGAUAACUUAACGUUGCUCAAGACACCUCUGUCUGUGUUCUCAUCCUAACUCACUGUAGUUAGGAAUGUAUGGGUUUAAAAAGCUAAACCCCUCUAAAUUGACAUCAGGAAACAGACAGGGGUUCUGCUCUUACCCCAUAGCUUUGUCAUGCUUACAGUAAUGACUAGGAUUUCCCUAACUCGGUCCUCGGGAUCCCACUGGGUGCACUUUGUGGUUUUUUGCCAUAGCACUACACAGCUGAUUCAAAUGAUCAACUCAAAGCUGUUUAUCAGUCUCGGUCCCAGCUUUGAUGCACCUGUACUGUCUCCACCUUCUAGCGGGGUGAAAAGGCUGUGGCUUGGGUGGCUAAGGUCUUUGAUAUUUUUGGCCUUCCUGUGACACCGGGUACUUUAGAUGUUCUGAAGGGCAGGCAGUGUGCCCCCGGUGAUGCGUUGGGCUGACCGCACCACCCUCUGGAGAGCCCUGCGGUUGCCGUACCAUGCGGUAACCAUGCGGUGAUACAGCCCGACAGAAUGUAUCUGUAGAAGUACGGGAGGGUCUUAGGGGUCAAGCCAAAUUUCUUCAGCUUCCUGAUGUUGAAGAGGUGCUGUCAGUGUGAAGGGACCUGUUCAGGUCCCGUGAUGUUACACACUGAGGAACUUGAAGAGUUUGACCCUCUCCACUACGGCCCCGUCACCACCUCCCUGUAGGCUGUCAUCGCUGUUGGUAAUCAGGCCUACCAAUGUUGAUUGAGUUGGAGACGUGUGUAGCCAUGCAGUUAUGGGUGAACAGGGAGUACAGGAGGGCGCUGAGCACGCACACCUGUUCCCCCGUGCAAGUGUCUUCACUGACAUUUUCAACCUCUCCCUGUCCUAGUCUGUGCCCAAGCACACCAAGGUAACCUGCCUAAAUGACUACCGACAUGUAACACUCACAUCAGUAGCCAUGAAAUGCUUUGAAAGACUGGUCAUGGCUCACAUCAACACCAUUAUCCCAGAAACCCUAGACCCACUCCAAUUUGCAUACCGCCCCAACAGAUCCACAGAUGAUGCAAUCUCUAUUACACUCCACACUGCCCUUCCCACCUGGACAAAAGGAACACCUAUGUGAGAAUGCUAUUCAUUGACUGCAGUUCAGAGUUCAGCAUCAUAGUGCCCUCAAAGCUCAUCACUAAGCUAAGGACCCUGGGACUAAACACCUCCCUCUGCAACUGGAUCUUGGACUUCCUGACGGGCCGCCCCCAGGUGGUAAGGAUAGGGAACAACGCAUCUGCCACGCUUAUUCUCAAUACUGGGUCCCCUCAGGGAUGCGUGCUCAGUCCCCUCCUGUACCCCCUGUUCCCUCAUGACUGCACGCCCAGACAGGACUCCAACACCAUUAAGUUUGUCGAUGACACAACAGUGGUGUAGGCCUGAUCAACGACGAGAGAGCCCAUAGGGAGGAGGUCAAAGACCUGGCCGUGUGGUGCCAGGACAACAACCUCUCCCUCAACGUGAUCAAGACAAAGGAGAGGAUUGUGGACUACAGGAAAAGGAGGGCCCCAUUCUCAUCGACAGGGCUGUAAUGGACAGGUUGAGAGCUUCAAGCUCCUUGGUGUCCACAUCACCAACAAACUAUCAUGGUCCAAACACACCAAGAAAGUUGUGAAGAUGGCACGACAACGCCUAUUCCUCCUCAGGAGACUGAAAGGAUUUGGCAUGGGUCCUCAAAACGUUCUACAGCUGCACCAUUGAGAGCAUCACUGGUUGCAUCACCGCCUGGUAUGGCAACUGUUCGGCCUCCAAACUAUUUGCAUUGACCCCUCUCCUUUUUAUGCUGCUGCUACUCACUGUUUAUUAUCUAUGCAUAGUCACUUUACCCCUAUCUACUUAUUACCUCAAUUACCUUAACUAACCUGUACCCCUGCACAUUGACUCGGGCCGAGCAUGCCCGCAUUCUCAUCGACGGGGCUGUAGUGGAGCAGGUUGAGAGCUUCAAGUUCCUUGGUGUCCACAUCAACAAACUAACAUGGUCCAAGCACACCAAGACAGUCGUGAAGAGGGCACGACAAAACCUAUUCCCCCUCAGGAGACUAAAAAGAUUUGGCAUGGGUCCUCAGAUCCUCAAAAGGUUCUACUGGUUGCAUCACUGCCUGGUAUGGCAAAUGCUCAGCCUCUGACCGCAAGGCACUACAGAGGGUAGUGUGUACGGCCGAGUACAUUACUGGGGCCAAGCUUUCUGCCAUCCAGGACCUCUGUACCAGGCGGUGUCAGAGGAAGGCCCUAAAAAUUGUUAAAGACUCGAGCCACCCAAGUCAUAGACUGUUCUCUCUGCUACCGCACGGCAAGAGGUACCGGAGUGCCAAGUCUCGGUCCAAGAGGUUUCUAAACAGUUCUACCUCCAAGCCUUAAGACUCCUGAACAUCUAAUCAAAUGGCUACCCAGACUAUUUGCAUUGCCCCCCUAUUUUAUCACUGCUACUCUGUUAUCUAUGCAUUAUCACUUUAACUCUACCUACAUGUACAUAUUACCUCUAUUACCUUGACUAACCGGUGACCCCGCACAUUGACUUUGUACCAGUACACUAUAUAGUCUCGCUACUGUUAUUUUACUGCUGCUCUUUAAUUACUUGUUCCUUUUAUUUCUUAUUUGUAUUUUUUAAACUGCAUUGUUGGUUAGGGGCUUGUAAGUAAGCAUUUCACUGUAAGGUCUACCUACACCUGUUGUAUUCGGUGCAUGUGACUAAUACAAUUUGAUUUGUGUUGAGGAUCAGCACAUCGGAAAUAUUGUCUUCCAAGAUACUGGAUAUAAUGAUGAGAUGCUUGUCUCCACCCUAACAAUGCAUUUCGUUGUCCACAGAGUGGAACGGCGGGCUGUCAACCUCCCACCUAUGCAUCUCUUUCGAUUGGUGGAUACAUCUUGUUAUCUGAACACAUUUCAAUAUUCGAUGAGGGGUGUUGAUGUCAACCACCUGUAUUCAAUGGAGAGUGAGAUGCUAUGCUGGCUCAUGAAUAUGCAUAGACCGGCUCAAAUAUCAACAGGGACAACUCCGAUUUAGUGUUUUUUUUUUCUUUUUUUCAGGAAGUCAGCAUCACACUUAUAUCGGUACACACAUAGCCGAUAUAAGCAUUACGAAACUUCUAUUAGAUCAAAUAAGCCGCAUGUAUCAAUAGCAAUACUUUUUUAUCUUUACUAAAUUCGACACUCAUUGCCCCCCAUACAAAAACUCCUCACCUGCUUAAUACACUGAACAAAAAUAUAAACACAACAUCUAAAGUGUUGGUCCCAUGUUUCAUCGGCUGAAAUAAAAGAUCCCAGAAAUGUUCCAUACUCACACAAAAAACGUAUUAAUCUCAGCUUUUGUGAACAAAUUUGUUUACAUCUCUGUUAGUGAGCAUUCUCCUUUCUAAGAUAAUUCAUCCCCCAGUCAGGGAUGGCAUAUCAAGAAGCUGAUUAAACAGCAUGAUCAUUACACAGGUGCACCUUAUGCUUCGGACAAUAAAAGGCCUCUCUAACAUGUGCAGAAUUGUCACACAAUACAAUGCGACAAAUGUCUCAGGAAUGUCCACCAGAGCAGUUGCCAGAUAAUUGGAUGUUAAUUUCUCUGCCAUAAGCCGCUUCCAUCGUCAUUUUAGAGAAUUUGGCAGUACGUUCAACUGGGCCUCAACCGCAGACCACGCAUAUGGCUUUGUGUGGGCGAGCGGUUUGCUGAUGUCAACGUUGUGAACAGAGUACCUCAUGGUGGGGUUAGGGUUUGGGCAGGCAUAAGCUACGCACAACAAACACAAUUGCAUUUUAUCGAUGGCAAUUUGAAUGCACAGAAAUAAUGCAACAAGAUCGAGGCCCAUUUUUUAAAAUGUAACAUGCAUAUCUGUUUCCUCAGUCGUGAAAUCUAUAGAUUAGGGCCGAAUGAAUUUAUUUCAAUUGACUGAUUUCCUCAUAUGAACUGUAACUCGGUAAAAUCCUUGAAAUUGUUGCGUUUGUGGGCCUCUCGAAUGCUAGCUGUGCCACGAGAGAUUCUGGGUUCGAGUCCAGGCUCUGUCGCAGCCAGCCGCACCGGGAGACCCAUGGCGCACAAUUGGCCCAGCGUCGUGCCGGUUAAGAGAGGGUUUGGCCGGCCGGGAUGUCCUUGUCCCAUCGCGCACAAGCGACUCUUGUGGCGAGCCGGGUGCAGUGCACGCUGACAUUGUCGCCGGGUGCAUGGUGUUUCCUCCGACACAUUGAUUCGGCUGGCUUCAGGGUUAAGUGGGCAUUGUGUCAAGAAGCAGUGCGGCUUGGUUGGGUUGUGUUUCGGAGGACACACUGCUCUCGACCUUCGUCUCCCCCGAGUCCGUACGGGAGUUAGAGCGAUGAGACAAGACUGGGACUACCAAUUGGAUACCACGAAAAUGGGCAAAAUAAAUUAUAAUAAUAAAAAAAAAAAAAAAAAAAUAGAAAUUGUUGCGUUUAUAUUUUUGUUCAGUAUAAAUAAUGAUAAACUUCAUAACAUGGACAUAUUUUGGGUGACGAAAACCCGCCUGUUCCUAAACCAGGGGUGGUGUAAUUCUGCAUAUCUUAAUCCCACAAACCCUGUAUUUAGCAGGGAAUAUUAUUUGCUCAAUAUCAGCUCAAGCUGAGCAAAUUGAGGUGUAGAAUUACUGAUCUACAAAUUGUAUUCCCUGCUAAAUAAUAGGUUUUGUGCAAUUUAAGAUUUGCUGCACUUCACCUCCACUGGUUUUGGCAAUCCCUCUGCCAAGCACAUAUGCACAAGCAGACAUUGAUUGAUUGAUUGGAGAAAGCAUGAGUCAAUUACAGAACAUUUCAUAGAGUUUCCUACCUGCAGCAACACCAGUGGACAGUGCUGGAAUUACUGGAAAAAAGCAGUGCCUCAAAACUCCUGGCCCUAUGAGAGACAAACACACACACACACACACUUCCUAGAAUCCCUCUUCUCCUCCAUCACAGUGAUGUAGAGUCCUGAGCAUGGGGAAACACCUUUCCCACUGCCAGGAACACACACACACUUACUUAGUGGACACACACUUCUCCUCUGUGAGCUUUUGGACAUACACACUUCUACUCACAGAGCGUUUGAUGGUGAGAAGAGCCUGGACACCAAGAAGCACAUACCAUACUGGUUCUUCAGACUUCAUUGUUUCUCCUCAACUCAGCCCUGGGCCUGGUAGAGAGGAGGAGAGAGAACUCUCAUCACCAGAUCUUCAGGAUGGAUAAAACGUGGACAACUGUGCCACCGUGUGUAUCGUGGAAGAGGCCGUAGAACAGACCCUGGCGAAACCUGACUCCUGUGGUGGGGGGGUGUGCUCGGGGCGAUGCGGUGCCCCACCCUGCUGGCCCUGCUGGCAGGGGUCAUGCUAUACCUGGUGAUAGGGGCGCUGGUGUUCCGGACCCUGGAAAGCCCCCAGGAGAGCAAGGAGCACGAGAAGCUGCUCCGUACCACACGUGACUUCCUCCAAAACCACUCCUGUGUCACCGCACAGAACCUCAGCGAUCUCAUCAUGAGUGUGGUGAAGGCGGUGGAGGCAGGCCUGGAUGUCAAACACAACUCCACCAACUUCACUAGCAGGUGGGACCUGGCCAGCGCCUUCUUCUUCUGUGGUACCAUCAUCACCACCAUCGGGUUUGGCAACCUGUCUCCCAGGACCAAAUGGGGCCAGCUGUUCUGUGUGUGUUAUGCCCUGGUAGGGAUCCCUAUGUUUGGUUUCCUGCUGGCUGGUGUCGGGGACCACAUGGGGACGGGGCUGAGGAAGGCCGUGUGGAAGAUGGAGACACUCUUCCUGAAGCGGCGGGUCAGUCCCACUUAUGUGCGGGUCAUGUCUGCUGUUCUGUCCAUCCUGAUUGGCUGUCUGAUCUUCCUCGCCGUGCCAACGCUGGUGUUUAAGGAAGUGGAGGACUGGUCCUUUCUGGAGGCGCUCUACUUUGUGGUCAUCACCCUGACCACGGUCGGCUUCGGAGACUAUGUAGCAGGUGCUAACCGGCGGGACGGAGAUCUGUUUAAGCCACUGGUGUGGCUCUGGAUAGUGUUUGGCCUGGCUUACUUUGCUUCCAUACUCACCAUGAUCGGGAACUGGCUGCGGGUGCUGUCCAAGAAAACACGUGCUGAGAUGGAGGAGUUGAGGGCCCAUGCUACAGACUGGACACAGAACAUCCAGAACAUGUCCAUGGACUUCCGGAUCCCCAACCCUCUGGAACUCAACGACCCCUUCCUGCUGCAGCGGCGCCGCUGGAGACGCAGCACCCGGCAACGGGUCCGCAGGGGAGCGCUGGGGCACCGCGGCAGGCAGGGCGUCAUAGGGGAGAACGGACAUCUGCCUAAUAGGUGGGUCACACGCUCCAUGACCCGUCUGGAGGUCGUGAGGUUAGGGGGGGGUGAGGUUAGGACUGAAGGGGUGAGGUUAGGACCAGGGAUGGGGCUAGGGGUAGGUUUGAGGGCAGAUUGCAGGGUCAAUGCGAGGUCAGAGGGCCGGACGGUUGCGAGGUCACUGUCGAUGCCUUCGGCGCGCUCCGUGAUGGAGUUAGACUAUGACCCUGAUCCUGUUGCGAUAAUGAUGAUGCCAUGGGAGUCGGGCUCUGUGUCCGAGUCUCCAGAGUCUGACUCCAGAUCAGUUGUCUCCUCCUCUGACUCUCACACCUCUGACAUGUGUAUGCCAGUGCGGAGGAUGCCUUUUGCUAGUUUUGACCCCAGUGGGUCUCUCUGUACUGAACAGAGGGGACGCCAUGGAGGAUCCAGGCUGGUAUAUUUCAGGGAGGACGUCCGGUUCCCUGUGCCUCUCCAGCAACUCCCCAAGUCACCCAACUCCACCAUGCCGCUCCCCAUGCCGCUCCCCAUGCCGCUCCCCAUGCCCCCUUUGCCCACCCCGUCAGGCUGCAAGAUGCUAGAUUUCUUCGGGGAGAACUUGGCCUACAUCGACGAGUCGUCGGACACGCUAAGUGACCGGAACCAGACGGUUGAGGGAGGUGUCAGUCCUCGUCCCCGGAUACACCGCAUGAGGAGGCAGCUGAAGGAGAGGAGGGACAGCGACAUGCAGCCCCCCUCUAACCCGCCGACUCCUCCCCCUCUUUCCCAUCUCAGAGACUGACACCGUGACAUGCAGCCCCCCUCUAACUCGCCUACUCCUCCCCCUCUUUCCCAUCUCAGAGACUGACACCGUGACAUGCAGCCCCCCUCUAACCCGCUGACUCCUCCCCCAUCUCAGAGACUGAACAAACUGACAGACACAGGUCCUGAAGGAGGAUACUAAGGCUGGUCUUUAUUACUAGUGUUCAAAGGAGAAGCAGACCUUAAAGCUCAGAUGGACUUAUCUACUGGGGAUCAAUGUGGACCAGGCCAACCAUUUAUUAGAUCUCACUGACUGAGGACCACAGUCACCAUUGAGAAAUAUUUGUAUGAAAACCAAUGAAUGUAUUCAGCAGCACAGGUAUAGAAUAUAUAAACUGUCUCAGCUCAGUGAAGUCAGACUCACUUGGUUGAGAAAUCGUUCCAAGGGUAGUACAACAGCUCCUCUGCAUAGGUGUAGAGGCUGCUGUCCUGUCUGCUACUGGAGCUCAGCCCAAACCUCAGACACCGUUUUUAAAUGACACUAAAGUGGAUGGACUUUUUUUACUAACCAUUUAGAUCUGGUGUCAGAGAUCCAUGUCCCUGUAUAUCCAAUGUCCUUCAGCAUGUGGGAUAUUCAGUACUCUGCUUGUAUAGCUUGUUUGUUUUGACGCUGUUCUGUUGCCCUGAAUGUGUAUGUGCCAAACUGGUAUUUAAAAUAUAAUUGUGCUUUUCUAAAUAAAGAAAAGUCCUAUACAAACCUACAAUACUGUAUGUUUGAUAGACUGAUGAGAUAACAACAUUAUAUACUGUGUC